AUGGGUCGUUGGAACCAUGAGAGCCUCAUAUACGGCGAGUUCGAUACUAGGUCCAACAAUAGCAACUCAUCAGAUUCGGAUGACGAACUCGAAAUGCCCAAAUAUGAUUAUAUGGCAGAUGUAACUCCGACUCGAUCUCCUCCGACUUCGGUGACAUGGGAGCCCUCACCUAUUGACAUUCCAACCAUAUGUUACCGUGGAAAACCAGUUGUGCUUAAGACUCAAACAAUUGGGUUAUUGACUAGGACCAAAUUCUACUCUUGUGUUGGUGAUAUUCGUGAUGGAGAUUGCCACAUUUACAAAUUGCUGGAUGACGCAAUCUUGGAGGAGAUUACUUUAACCAAAACAAAAUUGGGAGAAAUAGAAGGUCGCCUAUUUGGAUUGCUCACCACUGUUGAAGAAGAGAAGAAGAAGCUUCAGGAGAUGGUCAACCUUUGCAAGGAACAGAAUGACAAACUCAUUGAGAUGGUAACCAAAGUUGUAAGAAGUGACAAAGAAGUCAAUGACCUAAGGGAGAUGACUUUCAAACUUCAAGCAAAGGUGACGAAUUUGGAAACCGAUUUGAAGAGAUGA